AUGGAGGCUGAUUCGAUGACGAUGGCCAUCGUUGCCGCGUUUCUUGUAUCGCUCCCGGUGCUGUAUCGUCUCCUCUUCGCCAGCGCCGGCAACAAGACGAGCAGAAAGGCCCUCCCUCCCGGCUCCUUUGGCCUACCCGUCGUCGGGCAUACGCUUAGCCUGCUUCGCGCCCUUCGCGCCAACACCGCCGAGGACUGGCUCCGCCGCCGCGCCGCGGCUUACGGCCCGGUGUCACGGCUGUCGCUCUUCCGUUACCGGACGGCCUUCCUCGUCGGCCCCUCCGCCAACAGGUUUGUCUUCACCAGCCCCGCGCUGACCACCAUGAACAGCGAGGCCUUCAGCCGCAUGGUCGGCCGGCGGACGGUCCGCGACGUGGUGGGCGACGAGCACGCCCGCGUCAGGGCCAUGAUGGUGCAGUUCCUCAGGCUGGACGCCGUCAAGAGGCACGUCGCCGGCAUGGACGCCGAGGUCCAGCGCCACCUCGAUUCGCACUGGCGCGGCCGGGGCAGCGUGGCGGUGAUGCCGUCGAUGAAGACGCUCACCUUCGACGUCAUGAGCACCGUCCUUUUCGGGCUGGGGAUGUCGAGGGACGGCGCCGACGUCCGGCGGGAGCUGUCGGCGGAGUUCCAGCAGCUGGUGCAGGGCAUCUGGGCGGUCCCGCUCAACCUGCCCUUCACCAGGUUCAGCCGGUGCCUGGCCGCGAGCCGGCGCGGGCGGCGCGCCGUCGCGGGGGUCAUCGAGGAGAGGAGGGCCAAGUUGGAGCAGGGUGAGAGCUCGCCGGCCGACGACAUAAUCACCCACAUGCUCUCCAAGGGCCUCCCCGACGAGGAGAUCACGGACAACGUCAUGUUCCUCAUGGUCGCGGCGCACGACACGACGGCAGCCCUCAUCACCUUCCUCCUCCGGCAUCUCGACGCCAACAAAGACGCCUACGCCAAAGUUCUCCAAGAGCAAGAGGAGAUCGCGCGGCGCAAGGCGGCAGGGGAGGCUCUGUCGUGGGACGACCUCUGCAGGAUGAGGUACACCUGGGCGGCGGCGAUGGAGACUCUGCGGAUGGUUCCGCCGGCGUUCAGCAUGCUGAGGAAGGCGCUCCAGGACGUCGAGUACGGCGGCUACGUCAUCCCCAAGGGGUGGCAGGUGAUGUACUCUACCAACAUGACGCACUGGAGCCCGGCCAUCUUCCCGGACCCCGGCCGGUUUGACCCGGCGCGGUUCGAGGACCCGUCGGCCAUACCGCCGUACGGCUUCGUGCCGUUCGGCGGCGGCGCCCGAAUCUGCCCCGGGAACGAGUUCGCCAAGGUGGAGACGCUGGUGACCGUGCACCACAUCGUGACGCGCUUCAGGUGGAAGCUCGCCGCCGGCUGCGACGGCAGCUUCUCCAGGUCGCCCAUACCGUACCCGUCUCAGGGCCUCCUCAUAGACAUCGAGCCUAUCGAUCAUGGAAACACCUCCCGGUGA